CUAAAAUGGCAAAACCACCAGGCCCCAUCCUCACAGCAUGGUACAACUGGAAGAUGCUGCGCUUCCCCUGGCGCAAGCGCUGGCUCGUCGGCUUCGACCUCGAAGGCAACACAUUCUGGGAAUUCAAAGACGCCCUGCACGCCCUCCGCAACCGCCGCACCGCAAAAUACAGCCGCAAAACCCACCACGGCGACGUCCAAGUCUCGCCAUCAUGGAUGCAAUGGCUCCGCCACACGCGCUACGACCCGCCCACCAUCGCCGAGCAAAGAAACGACCUGCUGCGCCAGCAACACAUGAAAGUCCUCGCCGCCCAGGCAGAUGCGCGCUGGGCUUCGAAACCCUCGGCCCUUGAUGCGCCUGAUAAACAGCAGCCGCUGCAGAUGCUGAAGAGUAGGGAUCCGGAGAGUGGGGUGAGGCAGAUGAAUGCCACGCAGGAGAAGCUAGAUGCGCCGGUUGUGCGGGAGCCUGAGAGUGCGGUUGUUGAGGAACGACCUGUCGAGGAACAACUUGUCGAGGAACGGCCUGUCGAAAAACAAGUGCAACCUGAGACGCCAGCAGAUGAACCUGCAUUCAAGCCCCGCUUCCCCAUGAAGAAGGAACCCAAGGACUCGCCGUGGAAACAGGCGCAUUCCGGUCAGAGCCAGGACUGGCAGCCAAAGGGUUGGAGUCCUGGGCCUGCCAAGCGGAGAUGAUGAUGAUGAUGAGCUUGUAUGAUUUUAAUGUACCAACACUUUGUACACGAUGUCUUUUUACGAUUCCAGUAAUUGAUGAAUGACUUGGGAAGAAGUCUGGCUGAAUGUAUGUAUGUACGAUGGAUGACUAUACGAGCUGUUCUGCUAUGUAUACUUACACUUCGAGAGGAAGACUGACUGUGUAUAAAGUUCUGUUUCUAUGCCGAGUGUGCUUUGUCAUGGCCAUGACAAGCUUUUCAUCCAUCUAAAUGAUUGUACAAUACAGAACAAGAAAGACUCCUCUAUCCAAGAUGAGG